AUGUUAGCCCUAGUGGGCAUUUUGCGCCUCAUUCGACUGGUUCUGGAUAUCUUGACAGUGCCCUCAGCAUUAGCCAAGGUACCGCGUGUGGCCAAAGGAGCCUUUGUUGAAUGGCACUCAUGUCCUCUUCAGGCACAAUUGAUCCUAAACUCACUACGAGUUACAACCCACAUUCCUAUGGAUCUAG